AUGGCGGAGGAAAAGUUUCUUUUGCCGCCGCCCAAAUUUCAGGACGAGGUUAAGAAAAGUCUCGGCAGUUUUAGCCGCCAUCUGAAUCCUCAUUUCUCCACGCCAAACGGGAUGCUGUUAACGCGUGAUAAGCAACCGCCACCGAUGUACGGGCCACGUGGUUCUACCGUUCCACCUCGGUUCCUGUACAAUCCACGGAAACGGCCAGCGGAACCUCAUGCACCGGACCAUGUCCACAAUCGGCAAGGGCAACCUGGGGCUUUUCAGAACAAUUAUCGUGCCAAAUUCAAACACAACAAUGGAGGUGGUGGACACAAUCGAUCAGUACGACCACCAAACAAUGGGUUGGAUAAAGAGGUUAAACCAGAAUUGUUAGUUCUGGACUGGAAGCUGUGGUGCGAAGGAUGUGAUGUAAAUUGUCGUUCGGAAGCAGAGUAUCAGCAACACAUUACAAACCACGCACCGUGUUCCGUGCCUGGCUGUAAGUUCGUUGGACAUCCGAUGAUCAUGAAGCGACACGAACGUCAAACACACAGGGACGAAAGAAAUGCAAGUGAUCCUACUGUAGGACCAUCAUCGGAAGAAAUUGAACAAUGGAAAGAAGAACGCCGGAAGCGGUAUCCUACGAAACAGAACGUAAUCCUACGCCAGCAUGCACAGGAAGCACGGUUCAAUCGUGGUGAACGUAUUGAGGAGAAUAAGGAACGUUUUCCCAAUCGACAUUCAUCGACGAAAGGCGAAUCUAAUGAAAACGGCCAAAGGAAAGAGAUUGCUCCGAAUGGGAGAAACCAUAAACGGUCAAGGGGCAGAAAAAGGUCAGCUUUUCCGGUAGCAGUAACGGCAGUUGAGAAAACCACGGGUAGAAUCUUUUUUAAAGGAACGUCAUCGUUGAAGGAUUAUAAAGAUUCGUCAAAGAAUGCCUUGGCUAUGCUCGGGGACUACGGAUCGGGCAGUGAAAAUGAUUCAGAUGUAGAAGAACAGAUGGAAGAUAACAUUGAUCCGGUAAAAACGGUUAACGAAUCCUUAGUGCAGCCGGAAAGUGUACUCAGCGAUGGUGAAAUAGUAGACGAUGAAGUGAUGAAAGGCGACAAGAACCAUUGUCCGGAUCAGUUUGAACGGGCUCCUGCUGAAAUUGAAGAAAAAUCGAUAUUAAAAUCGAUAUGUACGGAAGAUGUACCCAAAAAAGCAACGAAUGUCAUCAACGUUUCUACUCCACAAACUGCGAAAAAUAAUGUUCCGGGUGGAUCAGCUCAAAACGUAUUGUGCCGUCCAGUACCGAAAGGAGCUAAACAGGCUUCCAAAAGUGAGCACAAUUUAAAAGGCAAAAAUGUUGGUAAACCCAAUCGACCAUUAUUGAACUAUUCCAAACUUCGACGAUCGAACCAGAACACAAUGUUGGAGAAGUUGCUCGACACCGAUAUACGGCAUGAGCGGAACGUGUUGCUGCAGUGUGUGCGACACGUACUGUUGAACAAAUUUUUUGGAAUAGGGCAAACGAAUGAAGAAGAUGUAGCUGCCGUUAGCGACGAAGUAAAGGAAUAA